GGGGAAGCUCUCCUGAAGUUACGGCAGGCCGGCGGGUUUCAGAGUGAAAGGACUGUAAUGCACGGUUCUAAUCUCCGAAGGCGACUAGUUUUGCAUUAAACUUGUCUUGGACUUGAAUGUAGAGGAGGAUUGUGUGGUUUUCCUCCAUGGUCCUGCUAAUUCUGCGCCUGUGGACUCUGGGAGGCCCGCAGGGAGGCUCCGUGAGGAAACUGAACGCGUAGUGAGAUUACCCUAGCGUGGCGCUCAGGGUGAGGCUGACGUUAAGGUGUCGGAAAUUGGGGGCUACUUUGAAAACGUGGAUAAAAGGAUUACUCCGGAGCCCAGGAAGGCAAAGGCGAGCGUCCGCUUUGCGCAUGCUCAGUGGCCAUCCGGGGCCGCGGCUGGGUUUACGUUUGUCUUCGCACGGUCAAGCUUGGCCCUGGCGAGGAGGUGGGCCUGUCCCCUCGCCCCCUUAUGGCGACUCCCGGGGCUCCAGGGAAUUCCAUCCUGAAAGAUGUAGUAGCAUAUGUUGAAGUGUGGUCAUCCAAUGGAACAGAAAAUUAUUCAAAGACAUUUACAAACCAACUUACAGAUAUGGGGGCAAAGGUUUCAAAAACUUUUAACAAGCAAGUAACUCACGUUGUAUUCAAAGAUGGAUACCAGAGCACUUGGGACAAAGCACAGAAGAAGAAAGGGGUAAAGCUUGUUUCAGUGCUCUGGGUUGAAAAAUGCAGGACAGCUGGAGUACAUGUUGAUGAAUCAUUAUUCCCUGCAGCUAAUACAAAUGAACAAUUACCACGCCUAAUUAAAAAAAAACGUAAGUGUAUGCAACCCAAAGAUUUUAUUCCCAAAAACGCCAGCAGAAAAUGAAAAAGACUUCAAAAGAAAUUUGAGAAAAUGGCUAAAGAGCUACAAAAGCAAAAAACAACUCUAGAUAAUGAUAUACCUGUUCUCUUAUUUGAAUCUAAUGGUUCAUUAAUGUAUAGUCCUACAUAUAAAAUUAACAGUAGUUAUCCUAGUGCAAUGGAGAAGAGAUUACAGGAGAUGAAGGAGAAAAGGGAAAAUCUUUCCCCUACAUCUUCCCAAAUGAUUGAAAAGGUUCAUGAUAAUCCAGCUAACUCUCUGUGUGAAGCACCUUUGAACAUUUCACAUGACACUUCUUGUUCAGAUGAACCCUUUGCUGGUGUUUUACACUCAUCUUUUGAUGAUCUUUGUGGAAACUCAGGAUGUAGAAAUCAGGAAAUGGGAGGAUUCAUUAAAGAUGAUAUUUGUAUUUCUUCACCUGUAUUGAAAACAAAAAGUAUUCAUUCAUCAGCAUCUUGCAAUUACCUCAAUGAGCCAACUCCUCAGAAAUCCACAAGUAAUCUUGCAAAGGAAAAAAUAAAUUUGCUUAAAGAUACUAUAAGUGAAGUGGUCAUCUCUGACAAAAAACAACCUGAAGGAACAUCUAAGGAGACAUAUGAUGAGAAAUAUAGUUUGUCUUCUACUUUAUCUACAACAAAAGACCAUUCUUUGCCAAAUUCAAUUCCCAAAAGUUCCUCAGCAAAGAGAAAAAGAAUGUCAGAUUGCUCACAUUUGUCUUCAGAAGAAAAAUUACAAAAAAAAAAGGGCAGCAUGAAAUCUACCAUGCCAAAAUUGCAACUUUUUAAGUUGGCAAACAGCCCACAGUUUAUGACCAAGCGUGUUAUGGAGACUCUUGAUUAUUGGGGGUCGUCAUAUGAUGAUUAUUUUUCACCUGAUAAUCUUAAGGAAAGGAAUCUAUUUCCUGAAUGUCAGUCAUCUUCAAGCCCUGUUCAGUUCAACUGCAGAAGAAGUCUUUCUAAGAGUGAGAGAAUUACUGCAUUGGAAAUGUCUGAUUUUUCCAGUAUUGGUAAAAAAUGCAGAUCAGAUAAUAUAACCAGUUUAACAGCAAAAACUAGUUUCAGUCUUGAGAAACCUACAAAUUUUGAAGGAAAUACAACUUUGAGUUGCAUGACUUCUACGGAAAUAUCUGCAGCUGAAGAAACUCCAGUGUGUUGUAGACAAGCUAAUCUUCAGAAAAGAAAAGACACAAGCCCAGAUGGAAAUAGCUUUUCUUGUAUUACCGAUGAACUUGUUCAUCAGAAAGAAUGCCUAGGGAAAGAACAUCAUGGUACUUCAACUCCUUUGAAAGGAAGUACUAGAGAAAAUGAAAAAUUGAUUGAUGUUAAAAGUGUGCAGAAAGAAGAUGCCACUUCAGAAGGUGGAAUGCAAAGUGAUUAUAAGCUAAAUUUUGUAGAUGAUUGUUAUGUGGGAAAACCUACAGAAGAAAGGGAAAACUUAUCCAGAAGAUACAGUGAAAGUGUUAAAAAUGAACAAACAAGGCAUGAUGUUUUAGAUGGCUCAUACGAAGGCCUUAAGGAACUCAUCAAACCUCUUGAGGAAUUAAGGAAAAGAGGAAAAGUCAAAAAGCCAACAAGAACAUUAGUCAUGACAAGCAUGCCAUCUGAAAAGCAGAAUGUCGUCAUUCAGGUUGUGAAUAAAUUGAAAGGCUUUUCAUUUUCCUGGGAAGUGUGUGAAACAACUACUCAUGUGGUCACAGGAAAGCCUCUUCGAACACUGAAUGUGCUACUGGGAAUUGCACGUGGCUGCUGGAUUCUGUCUUAUGAAUGGGUACUGUGGUCUUUGGAAAUGGGUCACUGGAUUUCUGAGGAGCCGUUUGAACUUUCUAACUACUUCCCUGCAGCUCCUGUUUGCCGACUGGAGUGUCAUUUAUCAGCGGGGCAAUACCAGGGAAGCCUCUUUGCCGGGCAGCCAAUAAUGUUCAUCACUCCAGCCAGCAACCCCCCCAGGGCCAAGCUGAGUGAACUGGUCCAGCUGUGUGGAGGACAAAUCACCCACAUCUCUCGCCAAGCCAGCAUCUUCAUUGGUCCCUACAGAGGAAAGAAGAAAGCAACGAUCAAGUAUCUGUCAGAAAAAUGGAUCUUAGAUUCAAUCACUCAGCACAAGGUCUGUCCCUUUGAAAACUACCUAUUACUGCAAUGAUGGAGACAUCACUCAACACAUAGCUAUUGCAAACAGCUUGCAAAGUUGUCUUUGGACAUGAGAAACAUGAGAAAGAAAGCUGUGAAGAGAAGGAGCUGACAUGUAAAAGAUUAACUUUUUAUAUCAUCACAUGUUUGCCUUGUGUGUGUUGUGGUUUUUAUAGAAAGAAACUCCUUUCUGAGUCACUGAAUAUUUAAUCCAGAGAAGCAGUGGACAGCCCAAUUUGGAGCUAUUUUUAUAUAAUGUCAGUCUUUGUAUGUUAGUAACGAUCAUGAUUAAAAUGUCCCAGAACUUUUGUCAUUAAAGAAUAGAAACUAAUUUAAAUUCUUGUAUUGUUGAGAACAAAGAAUCACCUAAGUUUCUUGACCUAAAUGUAAAGAUCUUUCUUAGCUUAUUAUAUACUAAAUAUGAAGGACAUUAUCAGUUAAUAAUGUCGCUUUUUAUGUAACUACCAUACUUCUCAAAAUAAUUUAUGAAGACAGCUGUGGGUAAUGGUGUACAAUGUUAAUUAGCGCCAUCUGAGUAACCUUCCUUCUCCAAGCUUAAUUUAUGGUAAGGGGAGAAUAACCCACAAGAAAUCAGGGCAACCUUUGCUUCCUUGAUGUUUGUAGUCCACUAGAGGAAACUGGCAGCUAGGGUGGAAUUGUAGAUACAGUGAUUCACCUUCUAAAUCAGAGAAAUUCUGAGUCCCAACUAUGUUGAAGGUAUCACUAAGACUUCAAUACUGUUCACUCUCCCUAUUUAUUUGUAAGUCAUCUCAGCUAUUGUUCCUACCUCAAAUAAAUUUAAAGUCCCUCAACAAACAUAACUGAUCAACUUCUAGAACAAAACUUUGAGAAAGAAAUCACAAUAAAACUAGAAAAAAUGAAGGAUUUCCUCUUGGUUUAAAAUAUAUACAUGCCUCAACUAAUCCCCUCAUGAUAUUUGUCCACCAACAGCAAUUGAACUUCAGUACAAUUCAGCAGGCCUAAGUUCAUUCCUUUUCUGUUUUAAACCCUGUUUCACUAUGUCCACAAGCAUCCUGGGCUUGGCUACUUUGACACUCAGGUACUUUGGCAGAACUUCCACAACACCAAAAAUUCCCAAGGAGGUUGACAAAAAUUGUGCUGACUCAUUGUUAGAGACAAGUCACAAAGAACUUUAUCUCUCUCUACCACGUCGACCACAGAGUGCCACCCUUGCCUUCUGUCCACCCAGGCCUGGAUCCUCAGGGCUAAGUUCUGCUACCUAAUGCCAGCCUACCAGUUGCCACUCAAGAUUCUCUUUCUAAAAGCUAAUGGAAGAGUUACCUUUGUUACUCAUGAAACUAGGCAUUUUAUACAUGGUACCUCACUGAAUUCUCCCAUCAUCCAUGGGUUGGUUACUACAAGUCUGCAGUCCCUCACUCAAAAUACAUAAGGCUGAAAGUAUCUUGAAAUUCCAAUUUUUUUUUAAUUUCAAAAAGGUAUGUGGCUCUCAUCACUUCUAUUCAACAUUUGAGGCAGUGCAUAAAGCAAGAAAAAGAAAUUAAAGGCAUAAAGAUUAGAAACUGUUUAGUCUUAGACUACGUUAUAUUGUUUGUAAAAAGUGAUAAGGAAUCCAAAAAAGAAGUGUUCCAGUUUGCUAAAAGCUGCUGGAAUGCAAUAUACAAAGAAUGGAUUGGCUUUUACAAUGGGGGUUUAUUAGUUCACAAAUUUCAGUUCUAAGACCAUGAAAAUGUCCCAAUUAAGGCAUCAACAGGACAAUACCUUAUCUGAGGAAAGGCAGGUGGCAUUCAGGGUCCCUUUGUCAUUUAGGAAGGCACAUGGCCAUGUCUGCUAAUCUCCCAGCUUCUGUUUUCCAAAUGGCUCUCUGAGCUCCUGUGGGUUCUCCUUGCUUUUCCCUGGGGCAAACUCUGGAUUACAUAUUUGGAGCUCUCUCCAAAAUGUCUCUGCCUUUUAUUCUCUCAUAGAUGACUCCAACAAGGGGA